AUGCCUAAGCAACAGGCCAAACGAAGCCAGCAGCCGCCAGUAAAAGCAGCAUUUCUUUCCUGUCGCACAGCCAAAACACGAUGUGAUGGAAAACAUCCCUGCAGCAGGUGUUCUUCUAAAGAGUCGACGUGCUCCUAUCUUCCUAGUCAACGAGGAGGUAUCCGGCGGGGCCCGUACUUCCUUACUCAAGACAAUGUCACGUCACUUCCAGCAACUCAAACCAAUCCCUUGUUCCAUCAGAUGAGCUAUGACUCGCAGCAAUGGUCGCCAAUCACUGACCUCCAGACCUCUGAUACAAAUGAUAGUCUCAGAUACCAUGGUGUAGAUGGUAUUCUUGGGUUAUUGAAUCCUUAUGUGGGAAUUCGAAAUCUUGAUAUCCCAUUUACAGCCUCACGAAGCCAUUUGAGCCAGAAUCUGACGAAUGGAGACUACACGGAAAAUUUGAAGAGCCUUCAUAAUGAUUCUUCCCCCCAGCUACGCAUCUAUACAUCAGAACAAGACAUAAUGAAUGCCUAUUACAUUUACAUCUAUCCAUUUCUUCCAAUUCUACCACCUCAGAGAUCACCCUUAUACCAAGACGGACCUACAGCUAUCAAUGCUCUGAGUCUCAACGAAAGUGUCAUCGAUCGGUCCUGCUUCUCAUACUGGCCAGCAUCUUCCCGCACAUUAGCGAUUUCUGCCAUUUUGGCGUUAAUUUCACUGCCUGGUGACACGAAUCCAUUUAGCAACCCAUCAAUACACCUACGACGUUCGCACGCACAUCUUUAUGCAGAAGCAGCGUUCAGCGAGGUCGACAAUGAGAUUGAUGGGAUAUCUGCGACAUGCUUUCACCUGAGAACUGACAGUAGUAUGGCGACAGAUUCUUGUGUUCAGUCUCAACUCAGUCCAAUUAUUGCUUUAGUCCUGCUCAGCAUUUAUGAAUAUUGCCAGAGAGGUAAUAUCUCGCGAAUGCGAAGUCGUGCAAACCAGACUGUCACUGCUGCUAUGGAUCUUUCUCUGCAUAAUUUGGGAUCAAGAGCAACAGAGGCACAGCGUCACACAUGGUGGAGUGCUUCACCAAUAAUCUCUCUCAAUGAUCCUCGAAUCACAACUCCGUUCCCUGAACUUGGAAAUACGCCAGAGCCAUGGAACUUGCUACUGGAGGCUGAGAAGUCUAUCCUCGCGAUUUCUGAAGUCUCCGACAAGCAUCAAACCAAUAACGUCCUUACAUCAUGCGAUAUGUCGCAAAGUAUAAAGGAAAAGAAUUCUCAUUUAUCAGAUCUUAUCAAGAAGUUGGAUCGCCUACCAGAGGCUCGCAUAAGACUACACCGAGCACGCGCUUUCAGGGAUAUCCCCGUGUCUUUAGAGAAGUACUGCGAUCUGACAGCAAUCCAAGACAAAACGGAAGCAAUCGCAGAACCCGAUCUUAGUAAUGCCGAGAAUUUCGAUGCGACCUUUCCUUUCACGGAGCAGGAGUCAUCUGUCAUGUGUCUCAAAUCAUCGCUAGUCAUAGCUCGCGCUCUGGAAGAUCUUUCAUUGCGAAGCUCAUCCCCGCCUUGCAUACUGCCAUACUUUGUCUGCGCAGCCAUGCAGAGCGCAUAUGUUCUGCUUACAUCCUAUUAUCGAAUACGUGCUGCAUUGGAGUCAGGCCACCUUUUACUUUAUCAUUAUCUUCUUAAUUUCCCAGAACCGGAUUCGGAGACUCAAGAUGCAGAGAGACUGAUAGGAGAGCUUCGACAGGGAAUGGAGUCUAUUAUUGGAGCACUGAAAUUGGCCCAAAUGUUCGAAGGAGUCGGUGGCAUGAGUCAAGAAAUUUUCAUUGCUUACCAGACAGCUAUCUUAACAGACUAG